CGCAACCGUUGCCCGAAUUUAUCGCGGCAGAAGCGGACCGCUUGUGUACGCGGUACACUAACUGCCGCGAGCAGCACCAUGCCAUCUUGGCCAUGACUGACGACAAGAUAGAGCGAUACCUCCUCUCGCAAUGUGCCACAGUCCCUAUUUUCUUGGACAAGGCGCUUGAGGAGGUCGAGGUGCUGACUGACAAAUGUGGUGGUAUUGUUUUAACAUACACUGGCUCGGCUGGGCAGGGCGCCCGGCAGCCCCAGCAGCAGCAGCAGCAGCAGAAGGCUGAUGGGGGCAAGCCCGCGCAGAACCCUUUUGACACCGGUCUGCCCAAGGGUCACCGAUAA